AUGCACUCCCUGCCAUCUCCAUCUCUCUGAUGUCAGAUUUAAGAAGCUUAUCACACUCAGGUGUAGCAACUCAGAAGCUAGCUGACAAAGCUGAUGAUCUCUUUAUUACUGGUCAACCUGCUGCUUUGCUGAGCUGCAACAGUGCGCUGCAACAGUACAGAGAAACUCACCCCUGAAGUCAAUAGGAUUUAGUCUUGCCACUGGGGUUCUGUACCUAACCUGUUGCUGUAAACUGGACCUCUGCCCGAAGCUUCUGGCUUUCACGAAGGCACAGGCUUCCUCCUUGUGGAAAUAGAACUCGGUCUCCUCCAUAUUCCCUGUUGGACUCUGUGCCAUGACGUGGGAAAUGACUUUUGCCUUGGAUGGAGGCCAGAUGUCAUUUCGCGCCUGCUGAUACUAGAACGAGUCCCUGAGAUCCAGUUUUUAAGUGUCCAAGUAAAUAUUUCCAGAAGAAGCCCAGAAGCCUGCGUGGAUCUGGUCAGGCUUGUGAGAACUGGUUUUCCAGGGAGAUGAAUGUUGAUUUGCAAAACACCAACUCCGAGCCAAGCCGUUGCUUUCACAGGAGCAUCUCAAGAUACUCGGAGUUCUGAAAGCAGCUCCCUGGGAUUACACAACUGCAGUUAUUCGUUUGCAGGGAAAAGCCUCUACGAAUGCGACUCAACCUUAAGAGAUUUUUAAUAUAAGUUGCUGCCAGGCUUCUGUAACCAUGUGGACAAUCGCUGUGGAUUAUCUUUUGCUGUUAGCCGGAGCAAUGUGUGCAGCUGUCUCUAUUCAAGCAGCUUCCACAACUGAGGAUGAUGUCACUCCACGGAUCAGCUUUCAGUACAAUGAUAAGGAGAGGACUGCCAAGAGGUUCUCUGCAGAGGGGGUUUUCAAUUACACCUCACUGCUCUUAAGUGAAAAUGAUCAAGUUCUUUAUGUUGGUGCCAGAGAGGCUCUGUUUGCACUGAACAUUUCUGAUUUUGGAAACAGCAAGCUCCACAAGAAUUUGACAUGGAAAACGCCAGAUCACAAAAGAAAUGAGUGUGGAUUUAAAGGAAGGAACUUACAGACGGAUUGCUUCAAUUAUAUCAAGAUCUUUCUCCAGCUGAACAGCACUCAUCUGUACGUGUGUGGAACCUAUGCCUUCAGUCCCCUCUGUGCUUAUAUAAGCAUUUCAGAUUUUUCUUUGGUUAAAAACACGCUGGGGGAUGUUGCCACAGAGGAUGGGCGAGGACGAUGCCCGUUCGACCCUGAAUACAAGUCCACCGCCAUUAUGGUUGACGGAGAGUUGUACUCGGGGACAGUCAGUAAUUUCCAGGGAAAUGAGCCUACCAUUUUCAAGAGCCUGGGCCCGGGGACCCCCAUUAAAACUGAAAACUCUCUCAACUGGCUUCAAGAUCCAGCGUUUGUGGGUUCAGCUUAUAUCCAAGAAAGUCUUCCGACGGGAAACCCGGUGGGAGACGAUGAUAAAAUCUACUUCUUCUUCAGCGAAGCAGGGAAGGAGUUUGAUUUCUUUGACAACACAAUCGUCUCCAGGAUUGCCAGAGUGUGUAAGGGUGACGUGGGUGGAGAGCGAGUGCUGCAGAAGAGGUGGACCACCUUCCUGAAAGCUCACCUCCUGUGUUCCCUCCCAGACGACGGCUUUCCCUUUAACAUCAUCCAGGACAUGUACGUCCUCACCCCCGGGAAGCAGGACUGGAAGAACACCGUCUUCUACGGGGUCUUCACCUCUCAGUGGUACAAGGGUGCGGCCGGCAGCUCUGCAGUGUGUGCCUUCACCAUGGAGCAGGUGGAGAACGCCUUCAACGGGCGAUACCGCGAGGUGAACCGCGAGACGCAGCACUGGUACACCUACAACCACCCCGUACCCGAGCCCAGGCCUGGAGCGUGCAUUACCAACGCUGCGAGGAAGAUGGACAUCCCUUCCUCACGCCACAUGCCCGACAAAGUGUUGAAUUUUGUCAAGGACCAUUUCCUAAUGGACGGUGUGAUCAGGAGCCAGCCUCUGCUUCUCAAGAGGAAUGCUCGAUACACUCAGAUCGCUGUCCACAGGGUCCAGGGCAUCGACCAGGUGUACGACGUCUUGUUCUUAGGCACCGAUGAUGGCAAGCUGCACAAAGCGAUCAAUGUGAACAAUAAGAUGCACAUCAUCGAAGAGAUGGAGCUGUUCGACAAGCCCCAGCCGGUGCAGAACAUUAUACUGGACUCCAAGAAGGGCCUGCUCUACAUCUCCUCAUACAGCGGGCUGGUGGAAGUGCCGGUAGCAAACUGCAGUAACUAUCAGAGCUGUGGAGAGUGCGUCUUAUCAAGGGACCCGUACUGCGCGUGGAGUGGGAGGAGAUGCAGGGAUGUACGACAGGCUUCCCCAAACAGUCGCUGGAAGCAGGAUGUGGAAGAUGCAGACACAGCGCCAGACUGCAAUGAUUCGUUAGCCAGUCCCCGCACUGUGAAGAUUACAGGUGAGUCCCAAUGCCAGACUUUUGUUUUACCGCCCAACACUUUCAAAAUCCUGCCCUGUAAGCUGAGGUCGAACCUGGCCACUCGGAAGUGGGUCUACAGCCCGAGUGCCAGUAACUCCACUUACGUCAGCCCUGACGGCGGCCUGGUGGUGGUGGCUAACGCAGAGGAGAAGCGGGAGGCUUACGAAUGCUGGUCCAUUGAAGGAGGGUUCCGGCAGCUGCUUGCCAACUACUGCGUGGAGGCAGAGACCACCGCAAUGGAAAACACCCCCUCCACCACCUCCACCUCCAUCACCAGGACCACAACCCUGCUCAUCGCCGAGAACAAAUACGUCCUCCUGCACAGCGAGAACCGGUCCGCGCAAGACAGCGUCAGAACCUACUGGAACGAGCUGCUCAUCGUGUGCAUCCUCCUGGGGGUGACCCUGCUGUGCUUCGCCCUGUUUCUGAUCUACCGGAACCGGCACAGCAUGAAGACUUUCCUGAAGGAAGGCGAGUGCUCCAGCAAGCAGCAGAAGAAGCAGCGGAUGGCAGGGAAGCCGGCUGAGAGUCUGCCCCUCAACGGAAGCACUGUGCCCACCUCCACCUCCGAUCACAAGGGAUACCAGACCCUGAACGACAACUACAUCUGCAGCACGCCCACGCACGGGUCCCCGGAUCACAGCAAGGAGUUCACGGAGUCCGAGAAGAGGCCACUGAACCUCAAGGAGAGCCACGUGGAGAUCUCCCCCACCUGUCACAGGCCUCGCGUGAGGCUGGGAUCAGAGAUCAGGGACUCCAUCGUGUGAAGAGACACCAAAGUGUUAAUACUCAUCCAUAGGACCAACUAAUGAACAAAGCGAUAGAGCAUCAGUGUUGUUCUGAAUUUUAAAACAACAGGAGCCAAAUGUUUCCAAAAACAAUUAUUCGGAGCAGUUCUAAAAAAUCACCGACACCAGAAAAAAACAGCACCGGACACGUUUUCAAUUAUCUUCAUCCUUACGCUUUUCACUGUGGUUCUGAUGAAAAGCUCAAGGCAAUCUAUUCUGUUUUUAAUGUAAGGAGAGACUUAUAAAAGUGAUUGUGACGAAUCCGUCCUGAUUCACAGACCACCUUUCACUUCAAAGCUUUUAAAAUGAGAAGCAACAUGUCAGCUGCCUCCAGUAAUCAGGUUCUAGCACCGGAUUGGCUGUGAGGCUCCAUGAACAUUCCAUCACUGCACAGUCCACGGCUAUGCGCUGGGUUCAUUCUUAAUUAGUGAACAAGCCUGUCUUUCCUGCCAGACCAGCAGGAACUGGACACUGCCAACAUUAGAAAAGGACUUUGACCUUGCACCAAUUGAGCCAGCUGUAGCUCCUGAAUCCCUCCCUGCACAGCUACAAGUUCACUUAACACUGCCAGGUGUUUCUGUUCAAGCAGAAGGUGCCAACUAAACUUCUUCAGAGAGAACACUACCAAGACUCUAUUAUCAAUGGAAGUACUCCCCUAUUCUCUUUAAAUUGAAUGAAACACAGUUCUUUCAUCCAGAAGCCCACUGUUGGGUAUGCCAACAGUGAUGAAAUAGUUGUUUAAGGCAAAGUAUAUCCAUCAUAACCAGACCAAUGGUUUUACAGAACUGUCCUCGGAAGAGCUUUUUAUUUUCGUCUGAAGAGAAACACCCAUCUGUAGAUGAACAGAGCUGUACAUGCAUGCAACACAAAAAGUUGUGAAGACCUUGAGUGGGGAAGAGAAACACAUGCCUUCUUUAAACCUGCAGCAAUGUGUACACAAUGGAGGAGGCUUACUGUAUGCUUUCCAUGUGAGCUACAUUAUAAAGGAGCUCAGUAUUAACCCUAGCAGAGACUAAACGAACAUUAAGCUGCUGGGUGAAGUGCUUAGAGCCACUUGCCUACUUCCUGGGAUAAUGAAAGAUAUGCUUCGUGUUCUUUUGGACCAUUUAAUGCAGGAACCCGAGGCUCAAACUGAGCUCAACCUGAAGCAGUACUUCAGUGGAAACUGACUUGAGAAAGGGGUUCAUUUACUGAGCUCAGCCUGAAGCAGUACUUCAGUGGAAACUGACUUGAGAAAGGGGUUCAUUUUCAAGCUUAGAAAAGGGUUCAGAGGAAGCGAGGGAGCCCUCUACUGACCACAUUUCUCCUCUGUCGUGACCAGUCAGUGUGAGUCAGUGUGAUGUGCUUUGCAUGUUGAUCGAGUUUUGAACAAACACAAACAAAACAAAACAUGUGUUCAUGUUUAUACAUGGCAUAACCAAAACUGUCGUACGCUGUGCCAAAACCCUUUGUUCUUUAAAGAAAUGGAAAUGUGUUUUUAAACAAAGAUUUGUAUUAUUAUUAUUAUUAUUAUUAUUGUUGUUAUGAUAUCUUUUUUUUUCAUUAACAGCAUGGUUAUUCGCGGUUUUUAUUUAUGGACAGCAAUGAACAAAACUUAUGAAAUAUACUUUAUGACCAAAAUCAACACAAGUUCACAAUGUAGCUUCUUCCAGAAUGUGAAAGUUAGAAGACAUCUCUGAUGGCUUAGCAGAACAGUCUACAUUAAGUUUGAAAAGGCCACAGCUAACCCUCUCAUUAAAGAUAUGGAGAACAAUCAGACUGUUCCUUUCGGUGAAGCAAUGGAAUUACAUUUGAAAAACUAAAACACAGUACACCUGAAAGAAUACCACUAGCAUGCUGUGCUAUAAAAAAGCACCUUACAAUCACACACUGAAGGGGAAGCGGUUUAGCCACAGUACUGGAAUUGUUUGUGCAACUCUAGUCAAUAGCAUUGUGUAAAAACAAUCUGGGAAUGCAAUGAGGAAAAUGUUCAGAUUCUUGGAAAGCCUGCCUUGAUGCAGAGGUCUGGUGAUGUUUAUUUAUUCACAGCAUGCACAUCUAUUUAUUAAGCAAACAAGCAAACACACACACAAGUAACAAUAAGAAUAACAGUAAUGAAAAGCAUAUGGAUGUGCUUCAUAACCUGGUGCCACUCGAAACGCUAAUUAGGCCAUUGCAGUUUCUUCACAAGUCCAGCACGGUCCUUCAAGUUUGUUCAGUAAUGAGAAUGUACCACACCCUAACAGCAGCCUGGUCUCCAUAAUGUCGUUUAUUUGCAGUCUUUUUACAGGAUGGAAAAGGGUGUUGUUAUUAAACAUUGAAGAAAAACUCAAACUAAAACAGACAUUGAAGCAUUAAAAUCGGAAAAAUAACAUGACUGUACCUACUUCCAACACUGUGUAAAAAAACGUACCACUUUCUCAUAGUAACAAUAAUACUGAUGUGGUAGUAAUAGUUACUGUAGUGUAUAAUUCGUUGUUGUACAAUCAUUUCCAGAUGAGAGUUAAUUGAAUGUAUUCUUUCUGACAAUGUAGCUAUGAAACAGUGAUACUGCACACUAAGGAUCCUGGUGAAUAUUGUAUAUAUGUAUACUGUGUGUGUGUGUGUGUGUGUGUGUUGCAGUUUGAGUAUGAAAUGGAGGCAUGCAUUGCUGUAUAGAGAGCUUGCUUUACCUUAGUGAGUGCACAUUGCAGCUUUGUAUAUUUUCUUUUGCACGUGUAAUACCUUAGCUGGGGG